UGCAGUUUGCAGUUUGUUCUCGUUGACAACGCUGACACGCCUACAAAAAUUGUUAUUUAUAUGUUUGUAUCGCGUAUUGUGGGAUUGAAGUGGUUUAUAAGAGUCGCAAUUUUUCGAAUAUCUUUACAGACAUCAGAAGAUUUCGAAAUGGCUCACAUCGAAAUUAGACCAGCUCUUCUCAUCACACCUUUGUUAUUAUUCACAAUGAUUCCAAAAAGUCAAACAAAUAUAAUAAAGUCUCAGCCUAUGGAACUUGACGUUGAGGAAAGGCCGGUAAACUUGGAGGAUCCUGAAAUUGAAAACGAUUCUGGCUUCAUGGAUUUUGAUAAAUUCAAAGAAACACUCAGUAAUUUAUUUGGAGAAGGACAACGAGACAAAAGAGACACCAAUAAGAUUGAGCGGCAGGCUGAAUUGAGUGCAUCAACCAGAGCGGAAAAUGAAGAGGUAGAUUAUCUUGCUGAAUGGAAUAGUAUGGUCGAUUCAUUCAGUAAGCCAGAUACCAGUACCGACAUGUUUUCCGAGUUAUUCGGACUAAAUGCAAAGGAAGAAAACAAAAUGGAAAUUAUUCCAAAUAAAUGAAUUAUUAAUUAUAAUAAAUUACUGUGACAUUUAUACCAUAAUUUAUUAAGAGUUCAUGGUCUUGAAUUUGAUACAAUUUAUCGUAUUUGAUGUGUAAUUAAAUAAUACAAUAAAGUAUUUCAUAGAAAACUCUAAAUUCAAU